UGGGGACAGGUCUCCAUGGACCCCUGGUGUCUGGGAGGAGAGCCGGGCCCGGCAUGGUGCGGGCCAGGAGCAGCCACCAAAGGGCUGCCUGGCCAGGCAGUUUACAGUGAAAGCUCCACCCCACAGCUCUCAGGGUUCUGCCCGCCACGGAAAUCUCGCCACGACUGGAUAGGACCCCCAGAUAAACAUUCAAACCUUCGACCCGUCCACUUUUACAUCCCUGAAGAUGAAUCACCAUCAGAGCGAAAGCUGAGAGAAUUAAGACAGGAAACACAAGAGUGGAACCAACAGUUCUGGGCAAACCAGAACGUGACGUUUCUUAAGGAAAAAGAAGAAUUUAUUCACUCAAGACUAAAAGCCAAAGGCCUGGGACUAAGAGCUGAAUCAGGUCAAAAAGCAACAUUGAAUGCAGAAGAAAUGGCUGACUUUUACAAGGAAUUUUUAAGUAAAAAUUUUCAGAAGCACAUGGAUUAUAACAGGUGGUUUGUGGCCAUUGGUGUUUUUAAUUGCUCAUAUUCACCUACAAAAGGAGAAUCCAGGUGUGGCCAUCGGAAGUGCAGUGGGGACUCUCAGGUCACUGGCUACGCGUCCGAUCGUAACGUCUUCCCUCGCUCUGUUUUAACCCUAAAACUAUCGGAAAGCCUGCCUCCGAGGGAGCGAAGGGUCCCGAUAACGUCGCUGCCCCUGCAGCCUGUCUUAGGUGUUGGCGUCACACCGGGCGGAGCCGGUGACAGGGUUCGGCACCGCGUGUCAGGGACGGCGUCUGGCACCUGACCGGCUCUUCACAAAUGCUCAAUUACAGUGACCCAUAAGUCAUCCAGAGGGGCUGGUUUCUGAGCACUGAAGGUCUCGGCGGGCAAGUUGGCUAAAAGCUGGUCUGUCACGUUGGAGCAGAGCCCCCGGCGCCGGCCAGGAGAGCGAGGGGACAUGCCUUCGGCCUCCACGUCCGUGGCUGUGGGCGCACGGUGGGCCCUUGGGCGUCGUCUGUGCAGACCAGAGGUCUCUUGUGGCCCCCCCCCGAACGUCCGCACUCGCGCUGGCUCUGGGCCUGCAGCCUCACGCCGGCUCUUCAGGGCACACAGACCGCAUCUGGUCGCGAAGAGGCCUCGCCCAGGCGUCCGGCAGCCUCAGCCUCGGCCUCGCGAGUUGUCCUCUGUCGCUCCAAGGACGUGGCGUUGGCGGCCCUUCCCUGGCCGGCCUGGGGUGGUUUCCACUGCGAGGGCAACGGCUCGGUGCUCAGAGGUGUCCAGCCUGGAGGACGCCCGCCCACAGCCCCCCAUCCUGCAGCUUCGCACACUGGUUAGACUUCUGAUGAACCCCAGCCUCGUGGGAUGUCGUGUGAUAAAACCGCCCCGCCAGCAAGCCCGUCGGGGGCUGCUGAGCCCUGUCAGAGCCCCUCUCCGACUCCGUCUUCCCGCCUUACGUUUUAUUCCGGAGUCACUGCCUUUCAGCAUCUUACAUGUCUUCAGAGUGUGCUCUGGCACCUUCGUUUCUUCCCAGGUGUUUCACACCGAUCAGGGGCUUGUCCUCCAUCCCCUACAGCCGGGGAGCCCACCGGAGCGGCGUCUGCCUGGGGAUGCACUUCUCCGGGGACCCCGGGUGUGCGCCGCCUCCUGCUGGCCAGCUGUCCACUGCACGCACCUGUAGCGAGAGGGAGGAGGGGACCAAGUCUGUCAGCUUUCCUUCGUCCUGCGAAUACGGGUGCCCGCUCACUGCUGAGCACGAGGCUACCAAGUGGGUGAUUUGUUGUUGCGUAUAUCCUCAGCUUUCUCUUAAAACAUUUUUUUUAUGAGUUUUUUUGAGCCGAACUGAUGAUAUAUGCCAGAGAGCAAGAUCUCAGACAGAUGCUCCCUCUCACAGCCUCACCUUCCGCUGCAGAAGUGUCUCCACUGAAAACGUGCAGCGACCGUACCUGAGUGCUGGUUAACAAAAUAACGUCUUGCAAGAUUCUCAAAAGAAAUAGCACCGUGGAAUUGAUGGCCAGAUGUUAAAACCUGGAAUUUCAAGUGAGGCCAUACAGCCCUAUGCUCCUGCACAAGCCGCCUCUCAUGCCGUGUACCUGUCCUGAUGCCCCUGGAGCCUCCGGCGUAGCCAGGCACUUGCCUGGAUCUCUUGGCCUGCAGGAGGGGACGGCCUAAAGAACUAGGAGCUGUCCGGGGGCCACCACUGUCCAAGGGACUGAGCCUCUGACUAGAGCCCUGCCAUCCCCAUGGCUGCGAGUGGCCCAGCACAGUGCCCUCCUGGCCUGCGGAGAUGGAGGUAGCCUGGAGGGGCAGCAAGGGUGACCCCGUCAUGCCCUCUUCUGGGAGCAAACCUGGACCCCAGGCCAGGGAAGGCAGGUCAGCCCGGGGUUGCUGGCAGGGCCCCGUCCACUGAGAAGGGGGACAGGCGACAGUGCAGGUAGACAGCUGGGCGUGCCCCACCGUUGCUAGGAGGCCCUUCUGUGUGGCCUCCAGGAAGCCUGACCCUCGUGCACAGCCACCUCCCAUGGGGUGGAUGAGCCUCACCUCAGAGAUGCCAUGAGGCCGAGGGCCAGGUGGACACAAGACGAUUGUGUGUGAGGGACAGCACGCGUGACGUGAAACUUACCGUUUCUAAGUGUAUAGCUCAGCGGCAUGCAGUACGUUCAUGUGGUCCUGGGACCAGCACCGCCUUCUGUCCCCAGGACUUCUUCAUCUCCCCAGACUGGACCUCUGCCCCCAUGACACACAAACUCCCCAUUCUGCUUUCUGUCUCUAAAUUCCACUGCUCCAGGGACCUCGUGUUAGUGGAGUCACCCAGCUUAUCCUGCUGAGCGUGAUGGCCUCAGGCUCCUCCACGCUGUAGCUUAUGAGGAUGGGUUUGUUCGCAGACAGAGGUUCUGGGUGCCAGUCUCAGCUCUGGCAGCUAAGUGCCCUGGGCCUCAGACACUUUGUAGGCUGGGAAUAAUGAGCCCUCGCAGCAGAGGGCAUGUGAUGGCAUUUUGUUUGGGGUCCUGUACAGCAGGCUCCUCACUUCUUCAUUCAGCAAAUGCACAUGAACACCUCCCGAGGGCCAAGCCCUGUUCUAGGCACUGGGAGUGGAGCAGUGAAUGAGACAGGAGGACAGCAGCCGUCAUGGGUCAUCUGCUGUCUUGUGUCCCCAGGGCCCUCUGCCCACAUCGGGGACAGCCUUGCAGGGUUCAUUUCAUGAAUCUUCCAGAAAAGUGACAUUUGGUUCAUUUCAUGAAUCUUCCAGAAAAAUUUCUUUCCUUUGAUGCCAUUGAAAAUAACUUGAUCGACGUUCCCGAAACGUCCAGGUUGUUGCAGACUGCAUCUGCAGCCACUCGGCUAUUGAUUUUCAGCGAUGGUUGUCCUCGCUUUGUCCUGAGUCAGUCCUCAGGCGAAAGAUUGCAGAAUGGGCUGCUGGAGGAGGGGUGAGAUGGGUGGGUGGGGUCGGCCGGUGUCCAGAGCUGGAUUCUAUCCAGGUAUUUGGGGGUUAUAAGACCCCUGGCACACCCCUCCUCUCCACCCCAGCACAACUCACCCCCAAAGUCCAGUUUGCCAUCAGAACAGAAGGGUCCACACAGAUGCAGAGUUGUAGGUGGAGAGACCGCUGUGAAGAACUGCUUGUUUGUUCCUUUAUCUCUGCAUCCCGGUCCCCUGCUCCCCGCCCCCGCCCCCACCAGCCACCACUGGCGAAGCAGCAGACGGCUGCACUGGCCCAUCUGCGGGAAAACCAGUUACAAGAGAAGGGUACAUCCUGUCAUGUCCCCAGUGCCUCCCCAGGCCAGGCGUCAGGGCUUCGGGGGGGGGCGUCCAUCCUACAGGGUGGUGGCGGGACGCCCAGCAGGGCCACCUGCACAGACCCAGCUCCUCACCGUGGCCGGAGCUGGCCUUCCAGGUCAGAGCAGGACCCCCGUCAGCACAGGGUCCUGCUGCAUCUGGUGCCAACCGGAAUCUGACCGUCUGGUCAUGGGGCCAUGAGGCCCGGCGGUCACCGAGGGUCGUGACGGCCCAGCCCAGUGGCCUCUGCAUGGGCAGAGCCGAGUGUGUCUUCAUCCCUGCCCCGGUGCCUCACAUGCUACCUGGCACAGGGUGGCCUUGGACAGACACAUGUGCCGAGCCAGCGCCGUUGUGGCCCCAGCCCUCUCACCAAACAGUAAUAGGGAGCAAGUGUUACUAUGCCAGGCUUGGUCCUCAGGAUUUAUUACAUGGAUUUGAGGCAUCCUCGGAACAGAUGGGGCACUGGGGAUGCAGCCUGUACACACAGCACAGGAACAGACAGCUGGGCCACUCUGUGCUGCUGCCGGUUGGAAUGCGGCUCUGCUCUGAUUGGCCCAGCUGCCGUGGGCCCGCCCGCUGGCCUAUCAGGUGCAGCAGGGAAGACGGCGCUGUCCAGUGGGUGGUUGGAGGGGUCAUUCAUUCAGUCUAUGAUGCACCCGCGUAGCCACGGCCACAGCUGGCAGAAAUCCCUCAGGGGACGACAACGUAUGCAGUAAGGGCGUAGGUUAUAUCAAGUACGUGUCGUCAGAGGCUCAGUGCUGUGGAACAAGCAGCGGGCUAGGGAGUUGGGGCUGAGCAGAUGGCGAGAGAGCCAGGUUGGGAUCUGGGCAAGAGUGCCGAUGGCCAUGGGGCCACAGUGUGCCUGGCAGGGCCGAGAGCAGCAGGACGGCCAGCCAGUGUGGUGGGUGGUGGGAGCCAGGGCAGAGGAGUGUGGGAGGAGACGGGUCAGGGCCUUGCCGGCCACCGCAGAGAGGCUGGCCUUUCCCUGAGUGCAUUGGGGAACCACUGAGGGCUUUGAGCAAGGGCGGGGCGUGGCCGGGUCAGCCUGCCAGGGGUGUACCAGCUGCCACCAGGCCCCGAGUAGCUCCACCAGCGGGCCUGUCCAGUACAGGUCCAGCCCUGUGUGGCUAUUGGCAUUUCAGUUAAUUCAGUGAAAUCAAACACUCAGUUCAGUCGAACCAGCCACCUUUCAAGCACUCAGCAGCCGCAUGUGGCUGGUGACUACCAUAUUGGACUUCACAUAACUGCAUCUUAGCCUUGGUAGACACGGGCACGCAAAGGGAAGGCCGUGUGAAAAUGGGGACCGGGGUCGAGCUAUGCUCCUUCAAGCCAAAGACCUGGGCAGCUGCUGGGAGCUGAACACAGGCCUGGGGCAGGGUGUCCCCAGCCUCCAAGGGAGCCGGCUCUGUUGGAGAAGCAUGUGUGUUGUCUGAAGCCCCCAGUUUGUGGUCAUCUGCUGCAGCGGCCACAAGAAACACGCUGACAGGGUCCAGGCCUGAAGCUAAUGGGAAAGCAAAAAGAACCAGGGCCAUUUGGGAAUGAGCUUGGGUCGAUGUGCGGGCCAGGGAAAGGAGUGGAAAAUUUGUGUCUGAUGGAUCGGCAGCUUUGAGAAUGAAUCGAUAAGGGAGGCUUUCCAGAGGCCCCGCUAAAAGCCUCUUCCUGAGCCGGGAACGGGGGUAAGUGCUUCCGCCUCAUUUACUGCAGCAGCGAAGCUGGCACCGUUUUGGGGCCGGUGGCCAGAUCUGGGUCUGUGCCGCGCAGUCAGUUCCCCUGCUCCUAGCCUCUAUUUCUCCAUCUGUAAAGCGGGGCAUGCUCCCCGCCCUGGCUGGGGCUUACGGGAAAUGCCUGGGAGGUGCUUCGCGCUAAUGUGUGGGAUGAGGGUUGCCGUGCAGACGGGAUCACGGGGGCUGGACGUGGGUGGGGGCCGUAGAGGCCAAGGGCGCAGCUUAGGUGGCCUGCCUAGCCUAGUCACGGCAGGCUCCCUGGCGUCCUGAAAGCUGGGGUUUUUCCGGUCUAGCCCUUCGCGAUGAUGUAUCCAUCUGUGCAUUCCUUAGUCAGCUCUGCCUCCUCUGCCCUGCCCUCUGGAGCUGAGUGGGGCCUGGUGCAGAUGGGAGCUCGUCCCAGGGUUCUGAACCGGACGAGGCUGAGAGCCCUUCCCAUGGCUUCCUGUGGGUGGCGGCUCUGCCUGCCACCUCAGGCCCGGCCUUCCCCCUGCAUAGGUGAUGGGCACAGAGGCUGCCCCAGUGGCUGGGAGUUUGCUGCUCCGGGGGACCCUCUUAGCCCACCCUUAGCCAGCCUCCCGCCUACAGGUCCCCUUUCUCCUGGGCGUUUCUGGAGCUGUGUGGGCCCCGCUGGGGCGAUUCUGGUGGGAGGAGAAACGUGACUCUUUUCCCCCAAACAUGAUUGUGAGUGAGUCCACCAGAUCGUACAGGGGCCAACAAAUCAGAGAGAGAAAACCAGCGUGAACAGUGGCCAUACUCGCCCUUGAUACACAGACAGGUGUCUGGCAGCCGGGGGCUGGGAGGAGGGAAGCCAGUUCAGGAGAUGGGGCGUGGGGCCCAGGGGCUUCACAGGCCCGUUUGGGUGAGCCACACUGGCUGUGGCGUGGAGGCCCUCCCACUCCCUCCUCCCGGAGGUGCUGCCCCAGGGGACAGGGCUGCAGGAGCUCAGAGAGCCAUCUUAGAGAGGACUUUGGCUGCCACUGGCCUCCGUUCCUGUCCCCAUGCUGCAGCAGCAUGUUCCCAGGUGGGCCCUGGUCGGCUAAGCCUCGCAGCGUGAGGCCUCCUCCCAGCCAGGGUGGGAUCCCGGUGGGCUCAUAACCCUGCACGUGGGGUUCCAGUGAGCUGUUCUAAGAGACACCUGCAGUCCUGGCAGGAUGCCUGGUGCUUGGAGCAACAAGGACAUCAGAGGCAGAUGUGGACUUGCACACAAGGACACAUUGCAGGGAGGGCGCACACGCCCGACCGAUUCUGGGACUUCUUGCUCUAGGGACUAAAAAAAGAUACUUGGGAAGAAAUGGCUGAGAACACGGGGGUGGCCUGAGGCUGAAUCUGGGAGUUGGCUGUAGCUUUUAUUUACUAACCUGAUAGUAACUAUUUAUCAAUUACAAAGCCAGCAUUGUGGGAAACUGGAUAAAAGCCAUGGAGACGGGUGGGGGUGCUAGCAUGGCGAUUCCUCCUCUUCC